GAAAUAUUCUCGAACACUAUUUCAUAUUGUUCUUGUGGGGAGUACAGAAUUUACCAAACUUUGUUUUUAGUUGUAUUGCAUUUAAAGAUUGUCUGAAUUAAUUAUGGAUCACCCAAUUUCUGCUAAAGAGAAACCUUUUUAUGAUAGUCAAGUAAAUGUCAACCUGGAGUUUGUUGAAUCCAAGUUAAAGUCAUUGUCGAACUAUAGAGAGGCACGAGAGAUGCUUAAAUUAUUACAGUUAGAAAGUUGUGAGCAAUUACAUCCAGAAUUUUGCUUCUGUUUAUCUGCACUGUCUUGUUAUUGUUAUAUUAUGGAUAUCACAAGUAAUAGUAAGAGUCAAGUUGAAUCCAGUGAAGAGCAUGAAGCAGUUAAGGAGCUUUCAUUUUUGGUGGAAGCAUAUCCCCAAAGAUAUAUAGUUCUGCUCCUACGUGUUCUUUAUGCAUACAAAAAUGAGAGGUGGAGUGAAGCAUUAUACUACUGUGAAAAACUUUUAGAAUUUCAGGUUGUAUCAGAAGAGGAGAUCAAAUACAGGUCUUGCGAAUAUUUUAAAAAGUGCUUUAAUUUUGUUCCAGAAUUUGAUUUCAAUUAUUGUCAUAAUUUGCUCACAAGGAUACAAAGGGGUGCCACGUCUGGUCAAAUAGAGAAAUUGGCAGAGCUGCAUCUUUUUAAAAAUUGCAAUUAUGUUUGGUAUGGUUUGGACUGGUCGAAGCUGUGGAACAAGGAAUUAAAUGAUCGUCUGAUAAAUAGAAUACAAAGUUACAAAAAGCCACUGACAGAUCUAGAACUGCAUAAAAUUUUUCACAAAGAGAUUUUAUCAGUUUUUAUCCAUCCUGAUUCAAAUUUGCAAUUUUACUAUAAACCAGAGUAUGUAAAAUUAUGUGACGAUUGCACCAAAGUGUCUCUGCAAGAAAAGGCCUUAAAGGAAGUUUUUACAUUUGUAAAAACUCAGCCCAUAAAUGAUUCUGAGAUGAAAAGAUUCAAAAUGUCACUGAAGGGGAAAGGCAAAGGAUGUUUUAGUGUACAACAUAAUGACCACAAACCUAUGAUAAAAGUGGGAGUGUUAAGUGGUACUCAGAAAGUGGAACAGAAAAAUCGAAUGUUUCAAACUGUGAUUGAGGCAAAACAUAUUGGAGAAGGGUUCAAUACUCAAGAUUGCAAGGAAAAGGUGCAUAAACAAACUCAAACUGAAAAACUGAGGCAGACAAGUAAAAUCGUUCAGACUCAAAUUGAGACAACACAUAUUGGAGUGCAAUUCGACAGUCCAAUAUCCAUAGAAAGAGAUGAAAAACUAGAUUCAAUAAAAAUUGAAAUUUUGCAAAGCAAUAAAAAUUUUGGGAGUUCUGUGGUUGAUCAUCUAUAUGAAAUACAUAAAAAUAUGACUGAAGUCGUGUCUCAGGCAACUACCAACAAACUUGAAAGUAAAUCAUUGGAGCAUAUUGUGGGCCAAAUGAACGACCAAGCCAAUGUUAUCAAAGAGCUGCAGACCGAAAACAAAUUACUGUUAGAAAAAAAUUUCAAAUUGCAAAAAUUGUUGGUAGAUGAAGUGUCAAAUAGAUAUAUUGUUUUGAAGGAUAAUUACGCAGGACUAAAAAAAACUGCAGAAUUUAUGAUAAGCAAUCUGGAAGAACUUCAAACGAUGCUUGGUCCAUAUUCGAUUCCAGAACACUCAAACAAUGCGAGAUACAUAGCUUGUUGGCAAAGAACUUUGACAGAUAUAAUAACUAAGAGUACAGCUAUAAAUGUUAUCUACAACAAAGUUAAAUCAGAUAUCAUGGAUUUGAACGAGUAUAAAUUAGUUCAAUGGCCGCAAGCGACUGAAAUUCCACCAGAAGCAUAUUUAUAUAUCUUUAAUUAUUUAAAAGAAGGAAUUAAAUAUCAGAAUUAUAUUGGUUCCUUUCCUAGUGUAGUUCCUUUGCCACAUUGCCAGCAGGUAUUUUUUGAUAGACAUCAGUCUGCUCCUUUGUUACCUGGUCAAAAUCGGCCUUUACCUACACCAUUUGUUCCAACACAUUCAAGUUUCUCAAAUAUUACACCUCUUCAGUUUUGGAACCAACCAAGAGUGAAUUUGAUUGGUCAAAAUAUAACAUGUCAAAGUAUAGUCCAGCCCAAGAGGCAUGAAGAUAAAAAGAGUGGGACUACGGAAACAAAUACAAAGAAUUUGAAGGCUGCUAAUAGCUUGAGUUUUGAGUGGUCCGAAAACAUAGACUCUGGUGAAUGCGAUAUUUAUGUGAAAGAAAUGGAAAUAUUUGAAUCUCUGCAAAAACACUUUAAAGAUGUGCCCAUGAAUAUACUAUUAAAUUCAAUUGUGAAAGCUUUACGAAAAUGUGAUGGAUCAUUCGAGAAUAUGUCCUUGGUAGAAAUUCAGGACAAAGUGAAAGAUGCUUCAAAAUAACCAUACCAAAGACUUUUGUGAUAUCUAAUUAUAAAUUCAAUAGUAAGCAGUAAGAAGUUUUAUAUUGCAUGAUCAUAAUAUUUUACUUUUAGUGUAAGUUUAAUGUUUGUUUUUUUU